CAGGAAGGCAGGAAGGCAGCCAGUCGUUCCUCGUUCUUCCACUCGUUCUUCCCUCUUUCCUCUUUCAACAUGGCUGCCUAUCUUGUCUUCUUCGUUCCCGCCAACCCCGGCUCCAUCGCACACUACCACGCCUUUCUCGCCCUGCUCGCUGCGAAGCUGAGCCUGCAAUCCACCGCUUGCGCGUCGCGCUUCCAUGUCGCCGCACGCAGCCUUCGUGGCUUCGACGACGGCGACAGUCAAUCACCCAUCUCCCUGGCUGAGCAGAUCGAUUGCACGCGCGCCGCACUCGAAACGUGUGUUGCAGAGCUGAGUGAGGCGACAGGAGCGGAGCCCUUGCGCGUCAUUGUCGUCGGCCAUGGCGUGGGUGCGUACAUCGCUUUGGCUGUCGUCGACGAGUGGCGCCGAUCUGCGGUGAGCUUGAGCCCACGCUUGGAGAUUGCAGGCGCUGUGGGCUUGUUUCCUGCGACAAAGCCUGCGACCUUGGGCGUGAGGUUGGGUGAAGCAGCCACAAUGACAGCAACGCGUCUCGCUCCCAUCAUCCACUUCGCCGUCCACCUCAUCGCGCGUAUCGUGCCGCCCAUAGCACUGGCCAUGCUCUUGCGCCGUACCCUAGGUCUCGACCCGGCCGCUGCCGUCACGACCGCACGCGCACCGUCGGCUGUCUGCCAGGCUUUAUCACUCGCGCGUGACGAGCGUGUCGCCAUGGCCGACGGCCGGUUCGACAAACUCAUACACGCCGCUGCUGCCUUACCCCGCACCUUCCUACACUUCGGCCAUAACGCCGGAGACCCUACGCUCGACGACAAGGGCCAAGCUAAGGGCGAGAAGCGGCCGCGCCCCAUCGAGACAUCGGCGUUGUCUGACUGCUUUUACACCGGUCAGCAAGACAGCGCGGCGGCGGCGGCACUGGUGCACGAGCGCGUGAUGGAGAUUGUGCGCAUGGAUGUGGAGGCGCGGGUGUGAUGGGACCAGCCGGAAUGUAUGAAGAAUGGAAGGAUAGAGCGGCAACUAGAGGGAUGAAGAUUGUCGGCAUAGAGUAUAAACGGAGGAGGCGUUUCAGACGUAAUAUGAUCUCGCGGGCUUGACGGCGCGACAUCCGCCCGAGAUCCGUGACCGACGUACGAGAGCAUCGACUUCAGCAGCACCCCACCUUCUGCUGCUUCGUUAAUCUUUGAGCACGCCAUCCGCGGCGACAUGACGAUAACAUGGCAC